CCCCCUCGCCUUUCAAGGUGUUUCUUAUGUGAGAGAAGUGACUGGACUGCAUCUGUCGAGCUUGCUUUAUCAAAGUUUUCCUUGGCUUGAACAUCGCUCUCAAAGAAGUCCAAACGGUUCUUACUAAUUACCUCUUGCCGACUUACGAUAACUCGCCGCAUACUCAUACUGCAGGAACUGGGGGAAGAAGGAACCAAGCGCUCUUGCUCCCUGUUCAACCUGCCUGCUUACCGCCGCACCGCAACCUUUCGAUGACGUUUUGCCCAGACGAGCAGGAAGAGAGAAGGGAUUAAACAACCGCAACUUCCAGAGAUUCGAAAAAUCAUAAUUUCUCAAAUUCUACACAAAGCCGAACUCAUACAACUUUUGAGCUUCAAAAGUCGAUAUCAGCCGUAUCAAACGGGGGAAAAUCAGCCAAGAUGCAAAUCGGACGCCUCCUUUCGACGAUCGUCGUUGGUCUCACCGUCGCGCAAGCCACACCAAUCCAAGACAAGACUUCAGCCUCAACCUCAACCACCGAAGUAGAAGAGCUCAAGGAGUCGCGGGGCAAGGCUCCCAAGUACUUUCAAGAAGCAGACUUCUCAAUCCACUACGACGCCCGCUUCGCCACAAAACCCCUCAACACAACAGCCCAGCGCGAAGCAGUCCAGGUCCUCAUCCAAACCUACCUCUCCACCCUCCGCGACCUCGGCAUCCAGACCUGGCUCAUGCACGGCUCCCUCCUCGGCUGGUGGUGGAACAAGCAGACGCUCCCCUGGGACGCCGACGCCGACGUGCAAGUCACCGAGAACGGCAUCAACUUCCUCGCCGCCUACUACAACAUGACCACCUGGUACUACAAGUACCCGUCCGUCCCGGAAGGCCGCUUCUUCCAGCUCGAGGUGAACCCCAAUUACAUCCGCCGCGGACAGGACAGCUUUGACGAGAACAACGUCAUUGAUGCCCGCUGGAUCGAUAUGGAGAAUGGGCUGUUUAUCGAUAUCACUGCCGUUCGCUAUGUUGAGGAUCAUCCUGAGGGUGAUGGCGUGUUGGCGACUAAGAAUGGCCACGAGUUCCGUGAUACGUCCCUGUAUCCUUUGCUUGAUACCACUUUUGAGGGUGUCAAGGCCAAGAUCCCCUACAAGUACAAGGAGAUGCUCAUCUCCGAGUAUGGAGAGAAGGCCUUGACGAAUCAGGAAUUCAAGAACCAUAAGUUUGUUGACAGCAAGAUGGAAUGGGUUCCCACUGAUGAACUCUGAGUCAUGAGGCAUAGGUAGUUGUACGGUUUUCACGGAUAGGUGUAUGGGCUCAGGCGUUUGUGCCAAACUUUCGGACAAGGUGUCCGCCAAUAAAACGUAACGGUCUUCAUUUGUGGCGUUAGGGAAUACCCAAAGCUCUGUUUCCAACAAGAAAAAUGCCAAUUUUCGCUCCAAGUCAAA